CAUGCUUAUGGAUCUACAUACUUUGAGCCCAGGGCUGUCCUAGGCUCAGGUACAAGGAAAAACAGAAAAACACAUUCCUGCCCUCAGAGAGGAUAAAGUAGGGAUGAGAACGGACUUUGAACUAGCUUUUAAAAGUACAGGGGUGCUCUGGUGUGAUUCCGUCCUGCGCGACUGUUGUGUGGAACAGUAGUCGUUUAUCUUCGUCCGCCUUCUCUUCCACCUAAGUGCGUGCCAGCACCCCAUGGAAGAUUCGAUGGACAUGGACAUGAGCCUUCUGAGGCCCCAGAACUAUCUUUUCGGUUGUGAACUAAAGGCUGACAAGGAUUAUCACUUUAAGGUGGUUAAUGAUGAAAAUGAGCACCAGUUAUCUUUAAGAACGGUCAGUUUAGGAGCUGAUGCAAAGGAUGAAUUGCACAUUGUUGAAGCAGAGGCAAUGAAUUAUGAAGGCAGUCCAAUUAAAGUCACACUGGCAACUUUGAAAAUGUCUGUACAGCCAACAGUUUCUCUUGGGGGCUUUGAAAUAACACCACCUGUGGUCUUACGGUUGAAAUGUGGUUCAGGGCCUGUGCAUAUUAGUGGACAGCACUUAGUAGCUGUGGAGGAAGAUGCAGAGUCAGAAGAUGAAGAGGAAGAGGACGUGAAACUCCUUAGUAUAUCUGGAAAGCGUUCUGCCCCUGGAAGUGGUAACAAGUUUCCACAGAAAAAAGUAAAACUUGCUGCUGCUGAAGAUGAUGAUGAAGAUGACGAUGAUGACGAUGAUGACGAAGAUGAUGAUGAUGAUGAUUUUGAUGAUGAGGAAGCUGAAGAAAAGGCUCCAGUAAAGAAAUCUAUACGAGAUACUCCAGCCAAAAAUGCACAAAAAUCAAACCAGAAUGGAAAAGACUCAAAACCAUCAAUACCAAGAACAAAGGGUCAAGAAUCUUUCAAAAAACAGGAAAAGACGCCCAAAACACUGAAAGGACCUAGUUCUGUAGAAGACAUUAAAGCAAAAAUGCAAGCAAGUAUAGAAAAAGGUGGUUCUCUUCCCAAAGUGGAAGCCAAGUUCAUCAAUUAUGUGAAGAAUUGCUUCCGGGUGACUGACCAAGAGGCUAUUCAAGAUCUCUGGCAGUGGAGGAAGUCUCUUUAAGAAAAUAGUUUAAACAGUUUGUUAAAAUUUUCCGUCUUAUUUCAUUUCUGUAACAGUUGAUAUCUGGCUGUCCUUUUUAUAAUGCAGACUGAGAACUUUCCCUACCGUGUCUGAUAAAUGUUGUCCAGGUUCCAUUGCCAAGAAUGUGUUGUCAAAAUGCCUGUUUAGUUUUUAAAGAUGGAACUCCACCCUUUGCUUGGUUUUAAGUAUGUAUGGAAUGUUAUGAUAGGACAUAGUAGUAGUGGUGGUCAGACAAAUGGAAAUGGUGGGGAGACAAAAAUAUACAUGUGAAAUAAACUCAGUAUUUUAAUAAAGUAAAAAAAAAAAAGUACAGGGGCACCUACCUGGGUGGCUCAGUCGGUUAAGCAUCUGCCUUCGGCUCAGGGCAUGAUCUCAGAGUCCUGGGAUCGAGUACCAAGUUUUGGGCUCCCUGCUCAAUGGGGAGUCUGCUUCUCCCUCUCCCUCCGCCCCUCCCCCCACUCAUGCUCUCUCUCUCUCUCUCUCAAAUAAAUAAAUACAGUCUUAAAAAAAAGUUCCAGUUGACUCUGGAACAGCAUGGGUUUGAACCAUAGUACAGGUCCACAUACAGGUGGAUUUUUUUUUUGAUAAACACACUCUACUGUAAAUGUUUUUCCUUAUGAUUUUCUCAACAUUUUCUUUUCUCUAGCUUAUUUCAUUCUAAGAAUACAGUAUAUUAUACAUAUAACAUACAAAAUAUGUGUUAAUCAACUGUUUAUGUUAUGGGUAAGGUUUCCAGUCAACAGUAGGCUAUUAGUAAUUAAAUUUUGGAGGAGUCAAAAGUUAUAUGCAGAUUUUCAACUGUGUGUAGGUCAUUACCCCUAACUUUGCUCAAUGGUCAAGUGGUAUAACCUUGUUUAAGGAUCAACUGGUCUACCUGGUUGCACUAAGUGGCUUGAAAAGAUUCACUGAAUCUAGAAAUGAUUAUCCAAAAAGUCUCUGUGUCCUCAAGGAAAUAUAACCAGUCAACAUUUAUAAGAUAUCCAUAUAUGCACUAAAAUUAGUAAGUAGCAAUCCUUCAGACUUUGGAUUAGAUGAAAAGAAUGUGUCUUAAUGGUGAGGGCUGUCAGGUGUUGUGAAAUGGAGCCAAAGGACAGGAAAAUUGGCAUCUUGUGCUGAAAGCUUUAAAAAGGCUGAAUUCACAUCUGUCUUUGUAGGUUUAUAUGUGUUUCUGAGACUAGAUUAGAUAAUCUCAUACAUUUUUGUGAUCCUAUGAAGUUCUAUAUUUUUAAAUUGUAAAUGUCUUUAGUGGGAAUGUGCUCUUUUUUUUCUUACUGGAACUAAGCAAUAUACAGGAUACACUGCUGGUAUAAUGGAAUCCAUCUUCCAAGGAAAUAUUCUUCAAACUUUUUCAACCUGCCAUACAUUUUCAGAUCUCUAAAUUUUCCCUGACAUGGACCAGAGGGGUGGGAAUGAGGGUGGGUAGCGGCAGGAUAUUGUCUUCAGAACAAAAAUUAAUUGCAUGCUGGUUAAGGUGACCAUAUAAUCUGUUGCUUAAACCAGGACAAUUUAAAAAAAAAUGCUUUCAAAAAUGUUUUUGUUGAAGUUUAAUCUACAUGCAAAAAAGUGUACAUAUAAUGUAUAGCUUGAUGAAUCUUUCCUCAGUGGAUAUUUAUGUAACCAGCACCCAGACUGAGAAACAGAAUAUUAGCAGGAAGCUAGAAAUCCCUUUAUGUUCCUUUCCAGUUACUAUACUCUUUCCUCACAAGGGUAACAACUAUCCUGACUUUUCUUAUUGCAGAGAUGAGUUUUGCUUGCUUUUAUACUUCGUAUAAAUUGAAUCCAUACAGCAUAUACUUGUUUAUGUCUCGUUUCUUGGCAUUGACAUUAUAGGUUGAUCCAUAUUGUUGGGUGAAGUUCUAGUUAUAGAUUAUUCAUUCUCUUUGUUGUAUAUUAUUCUAUGGUGUGAAUAUAUCACAAUUUAUUUAUUCAUUCUAUUAAUGAUGGGCAUUUGGGGAGUUUCUAGUUUUUGGCCACUACAAAUGGUGCUGCUAAUAAUAUUCUAGUGCAUGUCUUUUGGUGAACAUAUGUACAUAUUCCUUUGGAGCAUAUACCCAGGAGUAGAAUUGUUGGAUCAUAAGUUACACGUAAGUUUAGCUUGAAUAAAUGCUGCUGGUUUUCCAGAGUGUUUGUUCUCAUUUAAUCUCCUAUUGUAGAACGUGAGAGCUCUGAUUGCUUUACAUCCUCUCCAAUACUUGGCAUUUUUCAUGUUUAGCCAUUCAGAUAUAUGGUAGACAUAUUCUCAUUUGAUUUUAAUUUGCAUUUCUCUGUUGGCUAAUGAAGUUGAUAUUUUGCUUAUGUUUCUCUCUCUAUUUUUGGAUAUACUUUUUGGUAAAAUACUGGGAUAUAUUCUUUUGUCUAUUUAAAACUUGGUGCAUAUUUUUCUAUUCCUUAAUCUGUCUUUUCUUAUCAAACUAAGACACACACAAAAAACAGGUCAUAAGAUUAAUAAUUUAGUUUUGGAUUUGCUGAGCUUGAGAUAUACGGAGGCAUCUAUAUAGCGAUGUCAAGAAGUUGUUGAAUUAUGUGGGUCUGGAGUUCAGAAGAAAGUUCUGGGCUGGAGAUAUGAAUUUUGGAGUCCCUGCCAUGUGGGUGGCAUCUCAGUGAAAGAGUGAAUGAGGUCACCCACAGAGAAAAAGUCUUAGAACUGAGCCUGAGAGCUACCAGGGUUUGUUCAUAAGUUGGGAGUAAUGAAGAUGCUGGCAAAGGAGCCCAAGAAUGAACUCGUGAGAGCCAGGGAAGAGGGGAGAACCAGAAGCCAAGUGAAAAGGGUUUCAUGGAAGGGAGUGUUCGGUGUGUCAAAGUGUUCAACUU